AUGGUUCGUUCAGCCGCUUACAAGGUCAUUGCGGCCGCCUCUCUCUUUUCACAGCUCUCGUCCGCAGACAUUACAGCCUGCCCGAACAAUGAAGCCGUCUGGGAGACGCCUAUUGGCGUCAAGUACACCGUCUGCCCCGGUUCCGACUACCAGCUCGGUGGUGGCAGUCUCCAGCUCGUCAAAGACGUCCAGUCCACCGUCGAGUGCGUCCAGAUCUGCGACACGGAUGCUCGCUGCAACAGGGCCGUCUACGACAAGGUGAACAAGCUGUGUCACGUCAAGAACAGCAAGAACCAGAUGUUCUGGGCCGCGGACAACAACUUUGACGCCAUCCGCAUGACCAACGACUUUGCCGAGGGCACUUUCCUCGCCACCUGCCCCUUUGACGAAGCAACUUACCGCGUCCCCAAGACCAACGUCGAAUACCGCGUCUGCCUCAACACCGACUACACCGGUGCCAGCGCCAAGAUGGUCCAGGGCGUGACCACUAUUCAAUCCUGCGCGGAGCUCUGCUCGAACACCCAGGGCUGCAAGAAGGCCGUGUUCGACAACAUCAACAACGUGUGUCACAUCAAGGCUGCCGAGCCCGCGACAUCCCUCUUCUGGGUCCAGAACAAGCAGUUCAGCACCAUCCACGUCACCGAGAACAUCAACCCGGCGGUCCAGGGAAGGUGGGGUGACCUCAUCCGCCUGCCCUUGAUCCCCGUUGCGGCCUACAUCGUCCCGUCCUACCCCGAGCCCAGCAGGCUGCUGUUCUUCUCCUCUUGGGGCACCGAUGCCUUUGGCGGCGCUUCCGGUAAGACGCAGUAUGGCGACUACAACUUCGCCACGGGCGCCAUCUCCCAACGCACCGUCACCAACACGCACCACGACAUGUUCUGCCCCGGCAUCAGCCAGCUCGAGGACGGCCGGAUCAUCAUCCAGGGCGGCUCCGACGCCGAGGCCGUCAGCAUCUACAACCCCGCCACCAACGAGUUUACCCGCGGCCCCGACAUGAAGGUCGCCCGCGGCUACCAGACGUCGUGCACCCUCUCCAACGGCAAGGUCUUCACCAUCGGCGGCGCCUACUCGGGCAAGCGCGAAGGCAAGAACGGCGAGGUCUACGACCCCGUCGCCAACACGUGGACCUACCUCCCCGGCGCCGACGUCAAGCCCAUCCUGACCAACGACCACGAGGGCAUCUGGCGCGAGGACAACCACGCCUGGCUCUUUGGAUGGAAGAAUGGCAGCAUCUUCCAGGCCGGCCCCGGCAAGGACCAGCAUUGGUUCGGCAUCGCGGGCACCGGCUCCGUCACCAAGGCCGCCACCCGCGACACCGACGACGCCAUGUGCGGCGUCUGGGUCAUGUACGACGCCGUUGCCGGCAAGAUCCUCUCCGCCGGCGGCAGCCCCGACUACACGGACAGCGUCGCCACUCAGCACGCGCACAUCACCACCAUCGGCGAGCCCAACACCCCCUCCACGGUCGAGCGUGUCGCUGACAUGGCGUUCCCCCGCGGUUUCGCCAACGCUGUGGUGCUUCCCGACGGCCAGGUCCUCGUCACAGGCGGCCAGCGCAAGUCCUUGGUCUUCACCAACACGGACGGCAUCCUUGUACCUGAGCUCUUCAACCCCGAGACCAAGCAGUGGAAGCAGAUGGCGCCCAUGGCCGUUCCGCGCAACUACCACUCCAUGUCGAUUCUCUUGCCCGACGCGACCGUCUUCACGGGCGGUGGCGGCCUGUGCUACCUCGCGACCAUUGGCGGCUCGAGCGCCAACUGUGACAAGACGGUCGACCACGCCGACGGCGAGAUCUUUGAGCCCCCCUACCUGUUCAACGCGGACGGCAGCCGGGCGGCGCGGCCCGUGAUUUCGGCCAUCGGCACGGAGGCCGUCAAGGCCGGCGCCACGCUCAAGUUCACGGUCGAUGGUGUCGCGGGCCAGGGCAAGGUGACGCUGAUCCGCACCGGUAGCGUCACGCACUCGGUCAACAGCGACCAGCGUCGCAUCCCGCUCAACACGGUCCAGGUCAACGGCAAGGAGUACUCGGCCGAGCUGCCCAGCGACUACGGCAUCCUGCUCCCUGGAUACUACUACCUCUUCGUCUCCACGCCGCAGGGCACGCCCAGCAUUGCGAAGACUGUGCACGUUAUCUUGUAG